AUGAAAGUGAAAAAGAAUAUUUUCAUCUCAAAAAACUACUACAGUGUGUGGCUUGGAUAUAAUAAGAAUGUACAACAAAAUGCAUAUUUUAAAAAUAGCUUAGAUUACAUUUUUAAGCCUAAGAGUAUUGGAAUAAUAGGAGCAACAGAAAGGAAAGGGUCAGUUGGUAAUUCUAUAGUAAAUAAUUUACUCAAAGGCGAGAAUAAUACAUACAAAUUGUAUUAUAUAAACAGUAAAGGUAGUAAAAUAUAUGACAGAGAAAGUUAUAAGAGUGUAAAGGAUAUAGAAGAUGGUAACUUAGACUUAGCAGUAAUAGCAGUACCAAGGAAUCAUGUAUUGAAUGUAAUGAAAGAAUUGAAAAGUAAGAAUGUAAAAGGAGUUGUAAUAAUAACAGCUGGUUUUAAAGAGACAGGAGCAGAAGGGUUAGAAUUAGAAAAAGAAAUAUUAAAAGUAGCAAAGUCAGGUAAUAUAAGAAUAAUAGGACCUAACUGUUUAGGUAUUAUGAAUUCAUAUCAUAAUAUGAAUGCAUCAUUUGCAGAUAAUGAAAUAUUGAAAGGGCAUUUUUCUUUACUAUCACAAAGUGGUGCUAUAUGUUCGGCUGCAUUAGAUUUAGCACUUCAGCAUAAUAUUGGUUUUUCCCAUUUCAUUUCAGUAGGUUCUAUGUGUGAUAUUCAAUUUUAUGAACUAGUUGAAUAUCUUUUUUAUGAUAUAAAUACAAAAUAUAUAUUAUUAUAUGUAGAAUCCAUUGGUGAUUUGAAUAAAUUUGUAUCUGUAUGUAAGAAAGUAUGUUUAUAUAAGCCUAUUAUUCUUUUAAAAAGCGGUAAAACCGCUAAAGCAGCAGAAGCAGCCAUUUCACAUACGGGUUCUAUGGUUGGAAAUUAUGAAAUCUUUUAUGCAUCUAUGAAAAAAUUAGGGGUUCUAGUUGCAGAAAAUUUUGAAGAAUUAUUUCAUAUGUGUAAAAUUUUAAAUUGUACAAAAUAUCCAGAAACUAAUGAAAUAUGCGUAGUAACUAAUGCAGGUGGACCAGGAGUACUCUUAGUAGAUAAUAUUGUGAAAAAUAAUGGUAUAUUAUCAAAUUUAAAUGAAAAAUUAAAAAAAAAAUUAGACACAUUCUUACCAGAGUCAUGGAGUAAAUCUAAUCCUGUAGAUAUACUAGGAGAUGCAUCGCCAUCAUUAUAUAAAAAAACGAUAGAAGCAUUAAUAAAAGAUGGUCAAUAUAAAAAUAUUAUACUCUUAUUAUCACCUCAGAGUGUAACAGAUCCUCUGAACACUGCUAAAGAAAUUAUUAAAAUUAAAGAUGAUAAACACAUGAAAGAUAAUGUUAUACUGUUGUGCAAUUAUUUGGGAGGUACAUCAUUAGAAGAGUCUACCACCAUACUCAACAAAAACAAUUUGCCAACUUUCGUUUAUCCUGAGCACUCAGCUCAAAACUUGCUAAAAAUGCAUGAAAAUAUUACUCACAUACAGGGUUUAUACGAAGAAAUUCCCGACUUUUUAGCUGAUUCGGACAAAAAUUACUACAUAAAUGAGCUAAUACGGGAGCAGUACUUGGGUAAAAGAGACCAAAAUAGAGGAAAUGUAAAUGAUCGCUUAGCUGGAGAAAACUCAGGUAGUAGGGGUUUGCAGGAAAGGAUCCAAACGGCAGUUGAUAUAAUAUACAAGUCCAUAGAAAAAGAGCAUUUCAUCUUGAAUGAAUAUGAUUCAAAAAUGAUAUUGCAAAGUUAUGGCAUACCAGUUGUAGGUACUAAAAUAUUUAAAACGCUUGAUGAUAUAGAAAAAUGUGAAAGCUUUUCUUUCCCAUGUGCAAUGAAAAUAUAUUCAGAUACUAUAACACAUAAGAAGGACAUAGGAGGAGUUAUACUGAACAUUAGUAAUAAGAAAGAAUUAAUAGAAGCAUAUAAAAAAAUAUAUGACAAUAUUAAAAAGUAUAACCUAGAAAAAGAGUUUAAAGGGGUAACUAUACAAAAUAUGGUAAACACAGAUGACGGAAUUGAAUUAAUUCUAGGUUAUUACUUUGAUAAACAUUUUGGACCUGUUUUAUUAUUUGGAUCUGGAGGUUCAUAUGUCGAAAUAUUUAAGGAUAGUGUAUUGUUGAUACCUCCACUUACCUUUUCAUAUACGCAUCAUACAAUUAAAAACACAAAAAUAUAUAAUGCCUUGUUAGGAAAAUCGUCUAGAUUUAAAAAAUGUGAAAUGCCAAAACUUAUAACUACAAUUAUAAAAUUCUCACAACUUAUUGCAGAUUUGCUUCCUUACAUAAAUGAAUGUGAUAUUAACCCGCUCUUUGUGUCUGGGGGUAAUAUCGUUGCACUCGACGCUAGGUUUACCUUACGAAAGGAGCUUGGUUCUAAAGCAGCGCAUGUUAGCGGAAGUACAAGUGAAAGUACCAUUAAUUUUGAUGCGUAUGCAAAGGACUAUCCUAUCGAUUUUGUGUUUUUCCCCUGUUCAUCCGAGCACAAUGAAGCAGUAACCACAGAGGAUACAACAACAUAUAUGCGCACGUGGGACGAUUCCCAUCCCAUUAUUAGAUGUAUUCACGCAUAUGAUGUUAAAUUAAUUCUUAAGUUUCUUCAAAGAAAUUACAAAGAAUUAUACCAUAGUACCUUUUUCUUUACCAGUAUAGAAAAUAUAAAAACAAAAUUAUUUGCGUACGAUUUGUGUAAUUGUGAUUACGAUAUAUAUAAUGUAAUUUUGUAUAUAUCAAAAAAUGAAAUUAACGGAUUGGUGAAAGUUGAAAAAAGAAAAGAUAAUCAUUGUUAUAUUUAUGCAAAGGAUAAAAAUAUAUUCGCUCAUUUAAUACAGAAAAUACAUCUGCUUUCAAAAAUUAACAACACGCAAAAAAUUCUGUUAUAUUUGAAAAAUGAAUCACCAUAUAUAGAAGAUUUGAAAUCUAUUGGUUAUACAUUAGAUCAUACACGAGAGGAUUUGACAUGUUACGUGUGCUCAGAAUUGACCGCACUCUAUUAA